AUGUCGACCUCUUCUCUCCCGGAGGACUUGGAAAAAGGCUACGCUACUCAGUCACUACACGAAAUGAACACAGCCGUUACAAAUGAUCCAUCUCAGCCAGUCGUGAUGAGAGUUGUCACUUCAUCUAACGGUGAUAUCAUCCAUCUGGGGAACCAGGCUUUCAGCAAGAAAGAUUUGUUCAACGCAUUCGCUGGUGACCUUCAACCGGGUCUUCAUGCCACUCCACAUAGGCCAAUGGGUAACCCUGUCCCAAUGGGGUUGACAUCCUUUUGUAUCUGUUGCUUUGUCGUUUCCCUAGUCAAUGCUCAGGCCAGGGGUGUGACAAAUGCCAAAGUUAUUGCUUCGUGUGCACUCUUUUUUGCCGGUGUUGUGGAAACAAUAUCUGGUCUAUGGUGCUUGGUUAUUGAGAACACCUUUGCUGCGACAGCACUGGGAUCAUUCGGUGGAUUUUGGAUGGGCUACGCUGGCCUGUUGAUUGAUGCGUUUGGUAUAACCUCGAGCUAUUCAACGACGGAAGAGUUGGGUAAUGCGCUUGGUUUCUAUCUUACUGCUUGGACAAUAUUCGCAUUCUUGAUGUGGCUAUGCACGUUUAAAUCCACAUGGCCAUUCUUUAUCCUCUUCCUGCUUGUUUGGGUGUUCCUGAUGUGCUUAGCUAUUGGAAAGUACAACGACAAUACUACAGCUACAAAGGCAGGUGGUGUGCUGGGAUUGGUUGCCACGUUUGUUGGAUUCUUCAUUGUCUAUGCAGGUGUUGCAGAUAGCUCAAACUCGUAUCUCACAAUCCCGGCAAGUCCAAUGCCACAUGCACCAAGAGUUUAG